GUGGGACCCAGGCGUCCGGCUCCCGCCCCCAGGCUUGUUCAACUUGUUCCGCCCGCGAAGUCCGCUCCGGGCAUUCUCCGCCACUUCCUCCGCGUAAGCCGAGCCACCUGGCAAGCGCCGGAGUACUACGGUGGCCUUGUUGGGCCUGGCCAGAGCUCUGCCACAACCUCGCCCGGGCGCCUGGCCCUCACAUAUGCUGGAUUGCAACUACCUUCCCCCCGCCCCGGGAUAGGGAAGGAUGAGAGCUGCAGUCACAGCGCAUCUGGGGGGCGCCGCGCUCGGAGGAGGCUGACCGAUCUAGACCAGCGUCCUGUUCCCCGCAGGAGCUGGCCAGGCCUGGCUGGAUGAGUGCAGCCCAGGGGGGCUGGAGGUCUGACAUGGUACAGCCAGGAGGGUACCCUGGCAGUGACUGUUGCAUGAUGGCAGAUGAUUCUUCUCUGGGGAAAGCUGCUACUCUCCACCUUCCAGCUGAGCUGGCUGGAAAUGAGGCUGUGCAGCACUUUCUGGCUGAGAACAGAGAUCUCAAAGAUGCCAUCCGACAAAGCAACCAUAUGUUGCGGAAGCAUUACCAGGAGUUCCUUCAGUUCCAGGCUUCCCACAAGGAAGAAAAAGAGUUCCUCAUGCGCAAGUUCCAGGAGGCUCGGCUUGUGGUGGGAAAGUUGCACUCAGAACGUGCAGGGCUGAAAAAACAGUUGGAAGAAACUGUUCAGGAGCUGGAGCGACUAAAGAUGCAACUGGCUUUUUCCUCGGAGAAAGAGACUGCAGAAGCACAAGAAGAGACAGAUACUGUGACUCUUGUUCAAGAAGAGGCCAUGCUUGCUUUGGCACCUGGAAUGCCCCAACAGGAAAAAAGGCUGGAAGAUGAUUUUAAGGUGCUGCAAGAAGCCAACCAGGCCUUACAAAAGGAGAAGCUGGCCUUGCAGGCUGAGAUUUGCAAACUGCAAGGGGCAGCAAAAGGCGCAUUGCCCAAAGAAGAGGCUGGAAGGAAAAUUAGAGAGAAUGGACUUCCAUUAGAACAGCCCCUGGAAUUGGAGUCCCUGCAAGGCUCAGGGGACAAGAAGAAUUCUGUCGGGGACCAAGCUGAGCAGCUAUGCAAGAGGCUAAAGGAGGCUGAGGAUGAAAAUUCAGCCCUUCGUGAGAGACUAGCCUCAACCCUGGAGGAGCUGACCCGCCUGGCGUCCCAGGAGCAGGAGACCCAGCAGCAGCUGGAAACCCUGAGCAAGCAGUUGGAGCAGUUUGGAGAGGACAAGGCUUCUGUAAAGGCCCAGGUGACUUCCCUGCUUGGGGAAUUGAUGGAAAGCCAAAGCCUCUUGGAGAGUAGCAAACAGGAGAAGAAAGCGCUGGAGGAGAGGGUUCGUGGAGCUGGUGAACGGCUGCAGCAACUUGAAAAGGAGGCUGAAGCCCGCACCAAACAACACAGUGUACAGGUGGAUCAGUUGCGGCUGCAAGUGCAAAAUCUGGAAAAUGCCCUGCGAUUGGAGCGGCAGAGUGCCACAGAGGAGAAGAAGAAACUAGCCCAACUGCAGGUGGCCUACCACCAGCUGUUCCAGGAGUAUGACACCCAUAUCAAAGCCAGCCUGGAAAGUGAGAAGUGGAGCAAGGGCUUGGACCUGCAGGCUGCUGAAUUGUCUCAGCAGUUACAGCAAGCUGAGGAGGCUCUGGUGGCCAAGCAAGAGCUAAUUGACAAGCUGAAGGAAGAAGCAGAACAACACAAAAUUAUCAUGGAGACAGUGCCUGUACUCAAGGCACAGGCAGACAUCUACAAAACAGACUUCUUAGCAGAGCGUCAGGCUCGUGAAAAGCUACAUGAACAGCGAGAAGCUCUGCAGGAACAAUAUUUACAGCUGCAGAGGGAUUAUGAAAAGCUGAAAGCAGACUCUGAGGGAGCUAGCCGGGCACUUAUGGAAGAAAUGAGGAAUCGUCAUUCAGAAAUGCGGCCAUCACAGCAGCCAGGUUUCCGGAUGGGUGCUGCACCAUUCCUUCCCCAACUUAUGCCAGGGCGAAGACAAAGCAUUGCUGAAGAACAGCCAUACUACUGCUGCCCCAAGUGCCAGUACAGAGCUCCAGACAUGGACACAUUGCAAAUCCAUGUCAUGGAUUGUAUCCAGUGACACAGACAGAAGGAGCAAGUUCCAGGCUGUGAUGUGCUUUUACUAUCUUGCCUUAAACAGAGCCAGCAGUUCUGUUGUUAAGAGUUGACCUUGGAGCAAAGAUCAUGGACUUUUUGCUCCCUACAUGUUUGUCAUUAACUUUUUUCCUUCUGAGAAUGGUUAAGCCAGCUGUUGUUCUUCAACAUGUCCUGACUACCAUAGCCACAGGGAAAGGGGUUUGCACUAUUCUGGAUUUGUGUGAAACAAUCUUAAGUGUUCGUUCUACUGUAUACAAGGCAUAUGUGGGAUGGGCCACCUGUGUAGUACAGGUGGUUACUCAGUUCUCAGUAGGUCUCCUUUCAGGGGUGGUAAGAAGAAUUUCCCUUUCUCUAUGAAGACUGCUCAUUCUUGCUUGUUAUGUGCUUUGUAGGAAAACUUCAGGUUGUUCAAACUGUGCCUUAAACAUUUCCUCAGUCAAGCUGUGAUGAGGUAGAUCAUACAUAACACAGAAGGGGGGGGGACAUUUUUUCUUCUGCUUUUUAAGAACUGCUGCCAGUGGAAAAUGCUUGUUGUGAUUAGUUAUCAAUCCUACAGCAUGAAGAGCCACUGUAUGACUCUAGAUUAUAGUAAGUCAAUUAAAGCAAAGUUUAAGAUAA